CAGAAGGCACCAUUAGGUCCAAGAACUCCAGGAGUUAAGGUUGGUCUCGCUCGUCUGCAGCCAUGAAAUUCUCCCUCGUUGCCGCUCUUGUUGUUGUGCUGGCUGUUGCCCACGGCUCUGAGGCCGUGUCACUGGUGAAGCGUGACAUCCAGUCUGAUGUGGACAGGAUCACCAAGCUCAUCAACGACAUGUCCGCCAGCAUCACCACCGCAACCCAGGACAUGGUGGAGAAGGUGAAGGCUCUGGAGGUGACCAACACUGCUCAGACUUACAUGGAGGACAGCAGGGCCAAGAUCCAGCCUCUGGUUGACAAGGUCCAGGCCGAGGCCGCCAAGCUGCAGGAGCAGGUCAAGCCCUUCAUUGCCAACAUCGAGGAUCAGAUCAAGCCCCUGACUGAGAACCUCAACGCCCAGGUCAAGCCUCUGACCGACAACUUCCACACCCAGGUCAAGCCUCUGACCGACAUGAUGGAGAAGUUCUUCCAGCAGGUGAUGGACCAGACCAAGGCCCUGCUCCCCCCUCAGUAA